AGUCAGGUAACCACCGGACAGACACACAGACAGACCGACUCUGUCCUCCUCACACACGGGUCCACAAACGAAGAGAGGCGGCGUGAAAGCGGCUGCGGGGACGGUUCUACCGUUUUUAAUCAAUGCCUCGACUUUCUCUUCGAAAGAAAGUUUACAGCGCCGUUAAACUUUGAUAAACGUAACAGAGCGUCGUCCGGUGUUCACGUGACGAGCGUCGCGUUCGGGAGCCAGCUCAGCGCGAGGCUACUCAGGUGUUCAACUAAGUUUGGUUCGAAGCGUAUUUUUAGCUUUGUUGCUAACUAUUAAGCCACUAAUAACGCUGGAAGAAGGAUUCCUCUCUGUCUUUUUUUCCGCUUUUUUGCCGCCUGUCUAUAAUAUAUCCGCGUCUCUACUUGGUUUCGUUUUCCUCCUGCAGUUUAACGGACUUAAAAUAACAAGUGGCCAAGUUUGAGCAGGCGCUCUCCUGGAGCCCUGAUGAGACACAAGCCUCCACUCCCUAUGGAGGCUCAUACUGUGUCAGGAUGGAUGAGACGGAGAAGUACAAACAGCGACUGGAGGCCAUUGCCGAGAAGCGUCGGCUGCAGGAGGAGCAGGACAGGGCCAGGAGAGACAUGGAGGAUGAGAGGCUCAGACUACAGCAGCUCAAGAGGAAGUCUCUGAGAGACCAGUGGUUGAUGGAAGGAGCUCCUUUGUCUCCAACCUCCCCAGACGUCCAGAGCCCUCGCUCCCCUCUUUGGGGCUCCCAGGCCCAGGAGAUCGAAAAGCGCAUUGACAAGUACUGCAACAUUGUGUUGCAGUCAGAGAAUCAGUGGUUGGCAGAGGAGGAAGAGAAGCAGAAGGAACAGAUGGAGGGUGGCCAAACGGAGGCAGUGAAUGUGGCAGAGGCUGGAGCAGAAACGGUCCAAGAUGCUGGUGUGCAGAACGGAGAAAACAAUGCAACAGGAUUGGAAACAGCUGAAGACGAAGUGAGUACAAACCAAAGUGCACUAGUGGAAGAAGCUGCAGCUGUCCUAACUAAUGGCGGAGACAUAGACGCAAACACUGAUCACAACAGCCCCUCCACCACCAACGGACCAGUUGUAUCCUCUGAGGGUGUUAUUAGCAUGAAAUUGGAGCCUGAGUUGAGCCUAGGAGUUCCCGAGGCAGAGCCUGGUCAGGUUCCUAAUGUCAACAUUAAUGAGGAUGAGGAGGAGGAAGAAGGGACUCUGGUGAUGAGAGCAGAAUGUGUGAUCAUCACAGAUGAAGGUGAUGAUGUGCCUGAGGAUCUUACACCCCAGGAAGAUCAGCGGGAGACGGUGCAGUCAGAGGAAACCCCUGUGUCAAAUUCAGAAGCUGGCCAAGAGGAAGGUGAGGCUGUGGAGAGGGUAGUAAAAGCAGAAGCAUCUACAGAAACCUUUACACAACCAGAAGAAGAGAGUGAAGCUGCUGAACCCACUGCAGAGGCACAACCAGAUGCUGGGGAUGGAGACAUGCAAGGUGAUGUGAAGACAAACAGUGAUAGAGAGACAGAAGCUGAAGGACAGGACAUAGAAUCGAAAGAACCAACCUCUGACCAGGUGCAGUCCCCAGCCAGUGCUCUAGAGGGCACUGCAGUGGCUUCAGUGCCAGUGUACUCUGAGGCACAACCCUCCACUCUCACCCCUGAGCUGGAGGCUGAGGGUGAAGCUGCAGCGUCACCAGAGCAAGCUGAGGCAGCUUUAAAAUCCCAAGAGCCUGCCACUCUGCCUGGCCAGUUCCAGGAGGUACCCCUGGCUGAUCCCCAGGAGAACCAGAGGACUGAGACAAGGCCAGGGGAGCAGGAACCCCUUCUGUCCCAAGCCAAAGCCCCCGACACCCAGGCAGAGCCAGCAGCAGCAGCAGCAGCAGCAGCCAGCACAGAGACACACAGUCCGACCAGGGCGAGCCCGGGAGAGGAGACUGAGGCACCCAAACACAAGACCUGCCAGUGCUGCUCUGUCAUGUAAAUGCCCUCUCUGUUCAUCCCUGUUAUUCCCCUUCUUUAGUCUGUCUCCCUGCUUGUCAGUUCAUAACACACUCCUUCCCUUGUCUCCUUGUUUCAUGCACCCAUCAUUUUUCAAAUCAGUCCACUUCCUUUUCCUCCCCGACUCUCCGCUCUCUUUCCUUGUAUUCAUCUUGAAACUUCCUCAUUCCACUCUUGAUGCUCUGAGAGGAAGGGAGCUCUCUCCAGUGUGAGGACAGCGGGGAUAUGCACUGAACCCAAGUGCCUUGAAGAGCUCUCAACCCAGAUCUCCAAGUUAAAGUCCUCUUUUCACACAACAUGGACCAAAAUAUGAGGUGUUUUUUCGAAUUGGAUUUAAUUUUCCUGGUAGGAAGAUGAGCCAGUAGAUCUACAGAAGAUCUAAAAACUGACUUAUUAGAUGUAGUUAAGCAAGGAAACAGACUAAAGAUGUAUUAUUUUAAACUGUUGUAUCUAUAUGUAUAAUUCAUUUGGUAAUUUUCAUAAUCUAAAUAUGAGAUUUAACGUCCAAAGAUGUAGAGAGGUCCAGAAAGGGCAUUCUUCUAAUUUAAUGAAUUUAAAGCUGAUUUAUUUUAUUGAUUUAUUAGAGAUACUUGUAGCCCAAGUAUAGAGCCUGAACAUUUUAUUCACUCUGUAAUACAGGUUUUGACAGUACACAGACUAAUAGUAUGAGACGGUCUAAUCUAUAGACAAUAGCGUGCACUGUGGAAUAUUUUGUUGGCCGUCAUCAGUUUUUAAAGAGAAAGUAUUUUAAAAUACCUGAAAGUUUGAAUUUAGUAUUUUUUUACAAGAUGUGCUUUUUGAAAGAGGGGCUCCACAGCUCCUGACAUAGGUCCGUGCAUGGAUGUAUAGAAUGAAUAGAGAAGCAUGUUGAACUGAGAGCGUCUGAGAUGUCAGCUUUGAAAUGAUUGAUGAAUGGUUAAAUGAUUAAACUGACAUUUGUGAUACAUUG